GUCAUCCACUAUCCCAGCAUGCCUUUGGCUUUUUGUCUCUAUGAUCAGGAAGUACAGCCCCUCAGUCUAGGCAGACCAUAGAGAAGAGGCAGCUCCAGAUCCAUCAUGUAUAUGCAAGUGGAGAAUCGGACGGGGACCCUUUUGCACUUAAAAAGGAGUCCGAGCAUACGCUCCUGGUCUCUCCUAGUUGGCAUCGGGUCUGUAGGUUUGGCUGCAGCUUAUUUUAGCACGGAUACUUGGGCGUGGAAGCUGUUCUAUGUGGCCGGCUGUGUAUUUGUCGCUAUACAGAACAUGGAGGAUUGGGAGGAAGCCAUAUUCGAUAAAAAGUCGGGGAAGCUCAUUCUGAAAACAUUCAACGUGUAUAAAAAGUUACUUACAUUAUGGAGAGGAGGUCAGGAGCAAGUUGUGGUGAGUCUCAGUGAGAUCCGAGCUGUGAACGUGGAGGAGGAAAAAGUCCGAUAUUUUGGAAAGGGAUAUCUGAUCAUUCUGCGAUUUGCCACUGGGAUCUCACACCCGCUGACGCAGAGCGCCGUGCUGGGAGGCAGGAGCGACGUAGAAGCUGUGGCCAAACUGCUGACGACGUUCCUGGAGCUGGACCUAGCAGAACUGAGAACAUUGGCCGCGGAGGAGAGCAGCGACAGCGAGGGCAGCCUGGACAAAGAUGAAGAGUAAGAGGUCCCAACACGAUGGGGAACACCAGUCCAUU